AAUUAAUCAUCGUUUAAAAAUUUUAAUCCAUUUUUAUAUCAUUUACUAUAACUAUUAAAAACUGUUAAAAAGUAUGGAGUCUCCAUUUGCGCCGUUAAGUGAAUCCUGUGCUAAAGCUUUAGGGGAUAAGGUGUAUGAAAAGCGUAAAGUUGCCUCACAGGAAAUAGAGAAAAUGGUUACCGAAUUUAAUUCAAAAAAUAAUUCUGCACAAAUAAGAAAAUUAAUAGAUGUAUUAUCAAAUGAUUUCGCCACGUCCAGAGAUCCAAAUCGUAGAAAAGGCGGAUUAAUUGGGCUAGCUGCAACAAGUUUGGGUUUAGGAAAAGACUCUGAUAAAUAUGUAAACGAAUUGGUUACGCCAAUUGUAAAUUGCUUGAGUGAUCCAGAUGUGCGUGUUCGUUACUUUGCUUGUGAAUCUUUAUAUAAUGUAGUAAAAGUUGCUCGUUCUGCUAUUAUUCCAUUCUUUCCUGAAUUAUUUGCCGCGUUGUCACGACUUGUAGCCGAUUCUGAUCAAAUUGUUAAAGAUGGCAGUGAACUUCUGGAUAGGUUGCUUAAAGACAUUGUUACAGAAUCUUCUCGAGAUUUCGAUUUAGAAGCAUUUAUACCGCUAUUAAGAGAAAGAGUUUACGCCAAGAAUUCAUUUGGUCGACAAUAUGUUAUAUCUUGGAUCUCUAUUUUAAACGCUGUACCUGAAAUAAAUAUGGUUAAAUAUAUAACGGACAUAUUAGAUGGUCUAUUUAUGAUGCUAGAUGACAACACGUUAGAAAUACAGCGCAUGUGCGAAACAACACUUAACCAAUUCCUUAAAUCCAUACGCACAGAUUCAUCAACAGUUAAAAUGGAACAAACUAUUAAUAUACUUAUAAACCAUGCUCAAUCACAAAAUGAACUUAUAAAGUCUAUAGCAAUUACAUGGAUUAGUGAGUUUGUACAAAUAUUUGGACCAAACGUAUUACCAUAUGCCAGUGGUAUAUUCACAGCAAUAUUACCUUGCUUGGAGUACAAUGUUGAAUCAAAAAAGAAUAUUAAAGACUGUGCAGUAUCAGUUAAUGAUCUAAUGAUACAGCUAAUAUCGUCUAAAGAGCAUAAAUCCCAAAAUAUACAGAAAAUCGAUUUAGGUAGUGUCAUGGACGUGCUAGUGCAAUAUCUAGUACAUAAUUCAGUACAUACUAAGGUUGCUGUACUAAAAUGGAUUCAUCAUUUGUUUACCCAUUUUCCAAAUGAGAUGUCAAUACAUGCAAACAGUUUAGGUAACAGCCUACUUAAAAUUUUAGCUGAUAAUUCAGAUGAAGUUGUGCUGCAGUCAUUAUCUGUGUUAGCAGAAAUAGUGAAUUCUACUAGCUCGAAUGAUCCCACAGACUUUAACAAAACCCAUUAUCGAGAAUUUUUGUUAAGUUUAUUGAAAUUAUUUAGCGAAGAAAAACAAUUUUUAGAUCAUAGAGCAAGUCUUAUAAUAAGACAACUUUGUAUUUUACUUAACUCAGAGUAUAUAUACAGAACAUUUGCUGAAAUAAUUAGUGAAGAGAAAACUAAUUUGAAAUUUGCAUCUACUAUGGUUCGGCUUUUAAAUAUGAUCUUACUUACGUCCACUGAAUUGUUCGAAUUGCGAAAUUCUUUACGUGAUAUAACUACAGAGAAAUCUGCAAAUCUUUUUGUAUGCCUUUAUAAAAGUUGGGCUCAUUGUCCUGUUUCAACAUUGUCUUUAUGCUUAUUAACGCAAAGCUAUCAACAUGUCUCAGAUCUCGUAGUUUUAUUUGCUGAUGUUGAAAUAACUUUGGAGUUAUUAAAUGAAUUGGAUAAAUUAGUUCAACUUAUCGAGUCUCCCAUAUAUGCCCCUCUACGUCUCACACUGGUGUCUAAAUCGAAUAAUUGCGUAGACGCACAAUAUUUAACACAUGCUCUGUUUGGAAUAUUGAUGCUUUUGCCCCAAACAGAUGCAUUUAAUUUGCUUAAAAAUCGUUUACAAUGUGUACCAAACUACUGGAGUCAAACGCCUUUAAAUGUAAAAGAUUCUCUACAAUAUAAAAGCAAAAUCGAUUUUGAGAUGUUACUAAAUCAUUUCAAAAAAGUGCAGAAAUCUCAGAGAGAACAACGCUUAACACAACGUAAACGAAGCGCUAUAGCCUAAGGAACCUACGAAAGUAAUUAAUUUGGAACUUACAUUAAACAAUUUUACAUUUAAAUAUCAUGUAUUCAUUUAUAAUAUAUUUUGCAUUCUUACU